GGCGCUCUCGCGAGAGCUGCGGCGCCGGAGCCAACAUGGCGGAAGAGGAGGUGGCCAAGCUGGAGAAGCACCUGCUGCUGCUCCGCCAGGAGUACGUGAAGCUGCAGAAGAAGCUGGUGGACACGGAGAGGAGGUGCAGCCUCCUGGCUGUGGAGGCCAACCAGGACAAUGCCAGCGACACCUUCAUCAGCCGGCUGCUCAGCAUCGUGGCUGAGCUCUACCAGCAGGAGCAGUACAGUGAUCUGAAGAUAAAGGUUGGGGACAAGCACAUCAGAGCUCACAAAUUCGUGCUGGCGGCGCGCAGUGACACGUGGAGCCUCGCCAACCUCGCCUCCACCGACGAGCUGGACCUGUCAGCAGAUGCUGACCCAGAGGUAACCAUGGCAAUGCUGAGGUGGAUCUACACAGAUGAACUGGAGCUCAGAGAAGAUGAUAUCUUCCUGACAGAGCUCAUGAAACUGGCUAAUAAAUUCCAGCUCCAGCUGCUUAGGGAAAGAUGUGAAAAAGGAGUCAUGUCACUAGUUAAUGUCAGGAACUGCAUCCGUUUCUACCAGACUGCUGAGGAGCUGAGUGCCAGCACCCUCCUGAACUACUGUGCAGAGAUCAUUGCCAGUCACUGGGACGACCUGCGGAAGGAAGAUUUCAGCAGCAUGAGUGCCCAGUUACUGUACAAGAUGUUCAAGUCCAAGACAGAGUAUCCUCUGCACAAGGCCAUUAAAGUGGAGAGGGAAGAUGUGGUCUUCUUGUACCUUAUAGAAAUGGAUUCGCAGCUUCCUGGGAAGCUCAAUGAACUGGAUCCCAAUGGAGACCUGGCUCUGGACCUGGCCCUGGCCCAGCGGCUGGAGGGCAUUGCCACCACCCUGGUGGCCCACAAGGCUGACGUGGACAGGGCAGACUCCAGGGGCUGCAGUCUGCUGCACAAAGCCAUCCACAGGGGAGAUAAAUUCGCUGCAAACUUUCUCAUUAAAAACGGUGCCCGUGUGAACGCUGCUACCCUGGGGGACCAGGAGACCCCUCUGCACCUCGUGGCCUCCUACAGCCCCAAGAAACACUCCCCUGAUGUCAUGGCAGAGAUGGCACAGAUUGCAGAGUCCCUCCUGCAGGCAGGAGCCAACCCAAACAUGCAGGACAGCAAAGGCAGGACCCCGUUACACGUGUCCAUUGUGGUGAGGAACGAGCCUGUGUUCAGUCAGCUGCUCCAGUGCAAGCAACUAGACUUGGAGCUGAAGGAUCACGAGGGAAGCACAGCUCUGUGGCUGGCAGUUCAGUACAUCACCGUGUCGUCUGACCAGUCUGUGAACCCCUUCGAGGAUGCCCCUGUUGUGAAUGGAACCUCCUUUGACGAGAACAGCUUCGCAGCGAGGCUGAUCCAGCGAGGCAGCAACACAGAUGCUCCAGACACAGUGACAGGAAACUGCUUGCUUCAGAGGGCAGCUGGUGCAGGAAAUGAGGCAGCUUCUCUCUUCCUAGCAACCCACGGGGCAAAAGUCAACCACCAAAACAAACGGGGAGAAACCCCCCUGCACACAGCCUGCAGGCACGGCCUGGCAAACCUGACAGCAGAACUGCUGCAGCAGGGAGCCAAUCCCAACAUCCAGACAGCAGAGGCAGUGCUUGGGCAGAAGGAUUCAUCUGCUCCUCCAACAGCAGAGAAUGUUCACCUGCAGACUCCCCUCCACAUGGCCAUCGCUUACAAUCACCCAGAUGUGGUGUCAGUCAUCCUGGAACAAAAAGCUAAUGCUCUUCAUGCCACCAACAACCUGCAAAUUAUUCCUGACUUCAGUCUGAAGGACUCGAGGGACCAGACUGUGCUGGGCCUGGCUCUUUGGACAGGCAUGCACACCAUCGCAGCUCAGCUGCUGGGAUCGGGGGCCUCCAUCAACGACACCAUGGCAGAUGGGCAGACUCUGCUGCACAUGGCCAUCCAGAGGCAGGACAGCAAGAGUGCCCUCUUCCUGCUGGAACAUCAGGCAGAUAUCAAUGUCAGGACACAGGACGGAGAGACGGCCCUGCAGUUGGCCAUCAAAAACCAGCUCCCUCUGGUGGUGGAUGCCAUCUGUACCAGGGGAGCAGACAUGUCCGUGCCAGAUGAGAAGGGAAAUCCUCCCCUGUGGCUUGCCCUGGAAAACAACCUGGAAGACAUUGCAUCAACCCUGGUCAGGCAUGGCUGUGAUUCAACCUGCUGGGGGCCAGGACCAAGUGGCUGCCUCCAAACCCUCCUGCACAGGGCUAUUGAUGAGAACAGUGAACAGAUUGGAUGCUUCCUCAUCCGCAGUGGGUGUGAUGUGAACAGUCCCAGAAAGCCGGGCCCGAAUGGAGAGGGAGAAGAGGAGGCUCAUGAUGGACAGACACCCCUCCACUUGGCAGCCUGCUGGGGCCUGGAAGAGGUGAUCCAGUGCCUUCUGGAGUUUGGUGCCAAUGUCAAUGCUCAGGAUGCAGAAGGAAGAACUCCAAUCCACGUUGCCAUUAGCAACCAGCAUAAUGUUAUCAUUCAGCUGAUGAUUUCCCAUCCUGAUAUCAAGCUGAAUGUCCGUGACAGGCAGGGAAUGACUCCCUUUGCUUGUGCCAUGACGUACAAAAACAAUAAAGCAGCUGAAGCGAUCCUGAAGAGGGAACCAGGAGCUGCUGAACAGGUCGAUAACAAAGGCCGGAAUUUCCUGCACGUGGCUGUUCAGAACUCUGACAUCGAGAGCGUGCUGUUCCUGAUCAGUGUCCAGGCUCAUGUGAACUCCAGGGUCCAGGAUGCCUCCAAGCUGACCCCUCUGCACCUGGCAGUGCAGGCUGGCUCCGAGAUCAUCGUGCGCAACCUGCUGCUUGCAGGGGCCCAGGUGAAUGAGCUGACCAAGCACCGCCAGACUGCCCUGCACCUGGCAGCACAGCAAGACCUGCCCACCAUCUGCUCAGUCCUUCUGGAGAAUGGAGUGGACUUUGCAGCUGUAGAUGAAAAUGGGAAUAAUGCUCUUCAUCUGGCAGUGAUGCAUGGGCGGCUGAACAACAUCCGGGUGCUCCUCACAGAGUGCAAUGUGGAUGCAGAAGCCUUUAAUAUCAGAGGCCAGUCACCAAUGCAUAUUUUGGGACAAUAUGGGAAAGAUAAUGCAGCAGCCAUCUGUGACCUCUUCUUGGAGUGUAUGCCAGAGUACCCUCUAGACAAACCUGAUGCUGAAGGAAACACAGUGCUGCUCUUGGCUUACAUGAAGGGAAAUGCCAACCUGUGUCGUGCAAUAGUGAGAGCUGGGGCUCGGCUUGGGGUCAACAACAACCAGGGAGUCAACAUCUUCAACUACCAAGUUGCUACAAAACAGCUGCUCUUCAGGCUGCUGGAUAUGCUGACAAAAGAACCUCCCUGGUGUGAUGGCUCCAACUGCUAUGAGUGCACUGCCAAAUUCGGAGUCACGACAAGGAAACAUCACUGCCGACACUGUGGACGCCUGCUCUGCCAUAAGUGCUCAACAAAGGAGAUUCCCAUCAUCAAAUUUGAUCUGAACAAGCCAGUCCGAGUUUGCAACAUCUGCUUUGAUGUCCUGACUCUGGGAGGAGUCUCCUAGUAUGGUGUGGAAGGAAAGGGAUUCCCAGUCAGUGCUCCUGACAGCAGCUCUGCUUACAAGCCCUCUGGAUAGGGAAGAGGAGGCCUAUACACGUCUUCUGCAAUAGACUGAACUAAUUAAGGACCCUGUUAUGAUAUACUCUGGUAUAAAUGACUUUGUAUGACUGUAAAUGUAUCAGGCUGUGAUAGACUUCACUAGGAAUUUGAGUGGAUCGUGGCAACCAAGUGACAAAAGAACUUAGACCCUCUUCUAGUUGCAGUGGGGUAUGGAAGCUGAACUGGAGACUGAAUCGAUGCAAAACAGGUGUGUCCUUGACAUGGUGCUUUGCACUGAGCAACUCUAUUAAGUCCUGUGGCUUUCAGGCUGCUUAGUAGAGAUGGCAUUAAGUUUCAGGGUAACCAGGUUAUCUUCCUUUGCUUUGUCUUAAAGAUAAACGUUCCCCUUCUCUAGAGAAGACUUCUUGUGAAGCUAAACUGAGCUAUUGCAACCACUGUUCAUUUCAAGAAACUCUUCACACCCAGGGUAGUUCUAAGUAGAGCUCCAGAAUUGUGGCCUUACAACAGAAAGCUUUACACCAUCUGAUGCAGAGCAGUCAGAAUUGCAGACCCACAUCUUGAUACCUCCUCAGCAAAGUCUCAUCAGCUUUAGCAUGUUCAGGAGAAGUGCAGGAUUGUUUGAGGCAGUAAAUGCUCUUGCUCAUCCCUGCUAGAACCGUCGGUCCUCGUUGCACUUUCCUUUUCACGUCGCUGGUCCUUCCAGUCCAGGGAACUCGUGUCAGUGGCUGAGUUUGCUGAAGGAGGAACACUAAACCUGGGCCAGCAGACUCAGCACAGCAAUAAAUGCUGAAGUGCAUUAGGAACCCAGGAGGGACAGCAGCACUCCCUGGGUUCCCAGGGCCUGCUGUGAGCCCUGCCAGUGUGCACUGGGCUGCACUCCAGACACUACAUUUGGGGCCGUGUUCAGCAGGGUGGUUGGUCAGUGGGAGUGCACCUGGAGGCUUCCUGUUAGGAGAAAGCUGCAGUGUUCUAAUCUAGGCUGGGCAUGCUCUAUUAAACAAUGGUUGUCUGGGAAAACCCAGCACCACGUUGUGCAGGUAAACAGGAAAGGACUUUGCUGGUAGACCAAGUUGUGAUUUGGUGGGCAGAGGCUUCAGUUAGGAAAAAUGGGUACGUGAGCAAAAGUCCAUGCCAUGCCAAGGCUCUUUUUAUCCCAAGAGAUGAACCUAGUUUAGACUCAGCUCAGCAUUCCUCACCUGUGCUCCAUGAACUGGUGUGCACUGAUUUAAUGACUGUUAUCUCCAGUGAACACAGGGACACUUGGUGACACGUUGCCCUGUUUGGAAUAGUGACUUGUCAGUCUUUGAGAGUCAGAUGAGAUGAUAAACCAGGCCAGAUGAUAAACCAGACUGCUGCUGCAGGGGAGACUUGCUUGAGGUUUUUCUCAAACUUGUACAAGGAGAGGAUAGCAGAGGGUGUAACUGCUGAUGUUUGCACAAUGAAUUCACGUCAAGUCUCACUUGAUCUGCACUUUGAUCUCCCAAGAUGCACACGUUGUAACUGGAAUCACCCCUGUAACACCGGGAGGAAUAAUGGAUGACAAUACAAGUCUCCCUCAGUGUUUGAUGGCUGCUGCUGUCCUGUUCCAGCAGAAUGCCCUGGGUGACACAGCUGGGCUCUUAACACAGUUCCUGAUCCAAAGGGUGCAUCUCUGGUGUAGCAUUGUAGGUGAAUGUGGGGAAACAGUGGUGUCAGUUAAUGCUGGUGACAGAACUAAUAAUGUCAGUCAACAGCAAGUCUGGGUUCUUUGAGUGAAAUAGGUGAUGGCAAACAUUGUACUUUUAGUCCAUUGCUUUCUGAUGUUUCAGGGUGUCAGUGGCUCUACGUCUGUAGCAGUGAAAGUUAAUGAUGGAGAGAGUGCAUUUGUGAAAGACUCCUGACUGUAGAGUGUCCCAUGGGAACACGGUGACUGCGGUGCUGGGGAGGGUAAAUGUGUGCUCAGAACGCUUCCAGACACUGGCAGAGGAGUGGUUUUCCAAGGCCACAGCCUGGGGACUUCAACUCAACUGGAAAACUGCACAACUGCACUGGAACAUCACUCUUUCAGUGACUUCUCUGCAAGGGGCAAAGGGAACAGGGAGCUCAGCUCUAACAGAAUAAGCUUUUAACUGAUGGAAAAAUGUGGAUCUGGUGAAAACUCAACUGAAUGGCAAGUUUAAGGCUGGCUAGUUACUCUUUUGGAAAGUAGAAUAUUAAUUAAAACUGUGUAAAACUCUGGGAAAGAUUUGGGAAACCAUCUGUAGCGCUCCUGGUUUGCUGUGUACAGCCAGUGCUGUCCCAGCUUUCUUUCUGAAGUCUGAAAGUUAAGGUUAUUGAUAAAUGUACAGUCUGAAGAGUUCAUUAAAGCAACUAAAUUCAGCAAAUUUGAUCAUUUUAAAGUGCCUUUGAGAUAGUUUCCUUCCAGCCAACUCUGAACAGCUUUCUGCCAGAGCUAAAGGGGAAAAGCUCACAGCUUGAACCAAAACCCAAGUCAGUUCUUUCCUAGUUCAGCUGAGGAGGUUGAUCCACCCAACAAGUGGUGUGGUGGGACUGAGCCCCUCACACUCUGCCCAGCUCUGUCUGAGCUCUCAGGCCUCUGGCACUCCUGGGACAUUGCUGGCAAUGCUCCCCUGCAGGGCACAGAUGGGAGCCAGGCACGUGGGGUCAACACAUUUCCAGCUCUAAAAACUGCUCCUCCCUUUUUGUAGCAUUAACACAGUGGUGACCAAACCCCCACCCCCUCCCCCUGCUGUCUCUUAGUGGUUUCUAUUAAUUUGAAGUCUGCCCAGCCUUGAACAAAAGGGUAAAUGGAAGGCAAAGGGGUGUCCUGGGAAGCGCUGCUGCCACCCCAGGCUCCAGGCACGUGGGCUGGGCUGCCUGGGCAGUCGGGUGCUUCAGUUGCUGUAGCUUUUUGUUCUGAGACUGGAUUCCUUUUGACUGCAGCCACCCAGCACUCUUACACAAGCACAAACCGUGGUCUGGCUGAGAUGUUGUGUCUCUGUGAGAGGCGCAGUCACCCUUUCACACCACUGAGUGGAGUGAGAAGGUCGGUGUUGAAGGUACUGCAGAGUUGCUGGCUAAAAGCUGACCUGCCUUAAUGACUUCCUGUGCUGGAGAUUAACAGCUUGUACAACUGCUCAGUAGUGCUUCUAAACUAACAUGGAACAGUGUGGGAGGCCAAGGCUGGAUUGUUGUGUAGAUCAAAUGUUAAUAGGCAAGUCCUCUCUUGUCUGUAACCAGCAGAGGUGGGCACUGCAGCAAACUUGUCUCUAGAAAAAUCAAAGCUUGUAUGAGUGACAGAAGUAACUCUGAACCUUCUAAUACCCUCUGUGAAAUAGAAAAGGAAGUCUUAGAACAAUGGCAUUUUAUCUGCAAUGUUUGUCUGGAGUCAGUGUAAAAAUGUAUUUUUCCAAUAUGCAUUACUUUGUUGUGUAAUGAUUCUACUUGUAAUAAAAUGCAGAACUAGA